ACUAACGCCAGAGCAUUGCUGGUGAACGGUAGCGCGAGGAUCUGCAGCCAGUCAAGACGUAUCAGUGACAGUGCAGCUCUUAAAGAUGUCUCUCGAUAUAUCAACCAAAUACGACACUGAAGGUUCCUUGGCCACAGCAACAAAGAUCAAGAUUGCCGAAACAUUCAAGAUAGGAAUCUCAUCCAAGGAUGUGGUGGCCUCCUACAAUGAUUGGUCCACAAGCUUCGAAGCGAUCAUAGAACAAGGCAUCUACACGGCCCCCGUCAUAGCACUAAAGGAAGUUCUUGGCCACGUGUCGCCUGAGAGCCGGGCAGCCACAACAGUGCUGGACGUGGGUGCCGGCACUGGGUGGCUGGGCGCCCGCCUCCACGAGGAAGGUUUCAGGCACAUCCACGCCUUGGAACCAUCGGAAGGGAUGCGGAGCAAGCUGAGGAAGAAGGGCGUAUAUACCAGAGAGUUCCCCGUACCUCUUGGUACCGGGAAGUGCUCCAUCCCUUCAGACACCUAUGACGUGGUGAUCAGCUCAGGUUCCUUCGAUGAAGGCCACAUUCCAGUCAAUGGUUUGGAUGAACUCGUGCGCGUCACCAAGAAAGGAGGCUUGGUGGUGAUCGUCAUGCUGCUGAAAAAACUGAACCCGACAGAACCUUUCACAGGAAAACUGGAGCCCCACAUGGAGGAGCUGGAGAGGAAGGGAGCUUGGAUCAAGCUGCAGCGACGCGUCUUCCCAAACUUCGUCUUUGAGAAGGAAGGCGUGUUGUUCACCUUCCAUGUUGUCUGAGGAACGUCUCCUUGACUUGCCUCCAGCUCGAGUGUUUGGGUCAUGCCGGUGUCGGUGCAGGACAUUUCAUCAAUUACAAUUACACUGCUAUUUAACCCCUUCAAUACUGGGACACAUUUUUACUUUGAGAUUUGUGUACGAUUGGUAUGCUUGUUGACCACUUCAAUUCUGGAACACAUUUUUAUAAGCUUUGUGUAAGAUCAGAAGAUUUUAUUGACAUUAGGAAGGGUCUAUGGAGAUCAGAAGAUUAAUGGUCAAAGUCUCCACUAUUACAAUCACCACAUAAGUUUCUGAAGCUGUAGAAAAUCACUAAAUAGUAAGUAGAAUGAAUAUGGAAAUGCGUCAUGUUACUCAAGGGGUGAAACGGCAAAUGCAGUUUAACCUUAACAAUUGCAAGUUACUUAGCAUCUUAGAGGAAAUCCACACAAGAGGUAGGCAAUAAACAGCGAGGCCUGGCAGAUUCAGGACAUUAGAAAGAUUUAGGAGUUAUAGUUAGCUCCGAUCUUGGUUUAAAAAAACACUAGUAGUAGUAGUAGUAGUAAUAAUAAUAAUAAUAAUAAUAAUAAUAAUAAUAAUAAUAAUAAUAAUAAUAAUAAUAAUAACAAUAAUAAUAACAAUAAUAAUAAUAUAGGACUCUUAUGGUAAGCUGAUAGUUAAAGAUGUUACUUUAUAAUCCUUUGUUUCAUAUUAUCAUGAAUGUGUAACCAGUGUGGUGUGCGAUGGAUUUAUUUAAGAAGCAGAUAUAUUUCAUUCCCAAUAAAAAAAAAAAAAAAAAAACUCAGGUUCAAUACAAACUUCAUUUUA